AUGGAAAGUGACAGGACUAUCCAGUUGUUCUGUUGGGCUGGUGGCAGAGAGGGAUUUCAUGGGAAGGCCGAGAUAAGGAGCCAAGCAACAUGUGCGACAAGCUUUUCCCGCGGGCAGGGACUCUCGAGCUACAGGAGCGCAAGCGAGCAAAGUAAUUCACUGGCUGCCCACGUCUCGUGCAGCACAGCAGCAAAACACAACGUUUUGCCUCGUAGCCGGCUAGGUUUGCUUGCUCAGAAACGUCAGUCACGAACUGUGCCUCUCAGUGCCUACGAACGCAGCUACGUGGCUGCCACUCUCUACGGCCUAUCAUGGAAAGAGGAAUUCACACCCGAUGGACACUCAAGAACAGUGGCAAACCAGCCAGGUGUCGAGCUCCCUACUGUGUUCAGCAAUAAGAAGGACAACAGAAGAGACGACCACCCAAAGCAGUGGCUGCCAUACGACAAACUGCACCCACUCUUGGAGCUUUUCAGGUAG